GCGUGUCAAGCCAGUCAGCGGUUAGCGGUAGGUUACCGCGUUCCGCCGCGAACCGCGAGUGCAUUGCUGGGCAUCACUGGGGGGCCAUCGCUGGGCAUCGCGUCGCGUGUAUAGAGCGAUUAGUAAUGGUAACGACAACGAUUGUGACAAGUGAACCGAUCGUGUGAGAGAAGUAAAGUGUGAAAAGAGCAGGUCUAAUUGUCGAAAGAGAGGUAAAGAGAACGAGCCGCCAGCCGACGAGGCAGCACUGGAUAACGCGUUGGCAGAACGGUGGAGCGGCGAGGAUGGAACUCCACACUCCGAAACGGGAGCAGCGGCCGUCAGCGGACUCUUCCGCGGAGUCGCUCGAUCACAGUCCUUCGAUGUGCGACACGACCUUCUAUCCGUGGAACUGGGGUGAGGAGGCACGCAAUGUGAAUCUAAGCCCAGGCAGCUCGUGCUCUUCGCCGGAGUACAGGGAGCAGCAUGUCGCGGGGCUAGACGCGGGCGGUGGUAACGCGGCCGGUAGAUCAGCCGCCGGCAACGGCUCCGAAAGCCACCGGCGCGGUCGGCCGCGCGCCGACGCACUCACGAAUCUCAUGAAGCAGGGCAGUACGUCGCCGAGCAGCAUCAAGUGUACCUACUGCAACCGGGUGUUCCCGCGCGAGAAGAGUCUGCAGGCACACCUGCGCACUCACACGGGAGAACGUCCAUAUCCAUGUGAUUAUCCUGGAUGCUCGAAGGCUUUCACCCAAUCGGGACAACUGAAGACUCAUCAACGAUUGCAUACAGGAGAAAAGCCAUUUUUAUGCACCGUACCAGGUUGUGAAACGAGAUUUACUCACGCCAAUAGACAUUGCCCCGAUCAUCCUUAUGCCAAUCUUACAAGAUCAGAUGAUUUUGUAUUAAAGCCAGUAUCUGAAAACACGGAAUUGUCAUAUGAUGUAAGUCGAUGGUUGGAACGUUACAAGAUGUCCAGGGAACGAGAAGACCGUACACCGACUGGGAAGAAUGAACGAAAGAAGAAGACAUGGAAGAGCACUGCCGAAAAUCACAAGAGGAUAAAAUCUAGAAAAGGCCUUAUGAUGGAUAUAGCAGGAGAACAGGAAAAUCUUGACCACAAUCCUUCAAAUCAACGACUGCAUUGCGAAGAGAAUCAAGAUAGUCAAGAAGAGAGCCAAGAUGAAGAUCCAGCAGAAACAUGCUGUGCGAUACUGCAAACAUCCGAGGAUGAGGAAGGAUCAAACGCCAAGUUAGCAAUCACCUCACUGAGAAGACCCUUGGAUAGACUGCAACCAAAGAAACGAUGGCUACGGUAUGCUUGCUUAGAUCAACAGUUAGACCUAAACGAGGACGUUAGACCUAACAACGUAACGACCAUACGCAAGAUGGAUGAGAAACAAAUUCUAGACAGACCUACAGAAUCAUCGGAAUUUCACUGGUAUACGGCAUUCUUGGACCAUUCUGUCCCCGAGAAUAAUACAACUGUAUCGAAUUUGGACAGCAAACAUGAAAUUCCAAAUACACAAUUGGAACCUUCAUAUAUCACCUCUCAAACGUGUUGCAUGAUAAAUCACGACAACGAACCUCCAAAAGUAGAGGAAGAAAAUGUAUACGAGAUUAUGCAUUCUCUGAAUCAGCCACAAUGGGAUCCGUUAAAUAAUUUGUCAAAUAAUCAGGGUAUUUUUGAAACUAGUAUUAACAAAUCUGCUAUAAAAAUUCAAAGUCAAAGUUCUGAAUCUGCAUGUUCGAUUUUCGAUUACACAGAGCAGAUUGUUCGUUUAGAGACAACGAAACAGGAUACACUAGCAAACUCUCGUAUCAGCGAAAACGAAACUAGACCGACAGUUCUGAUGUUGGCUGGUAGUUCUAAUAGCAGCAAAGAAAUUGUCUCAAAACCGUCCCUCACAAUGGAUCCCGUAAAAACGGAGACAAGAAUAAUUAGUGUUAAGCAGGAGGACAAUAUAAGCCUAGAUAAGUUACCGGUACAGGAAGACAAUAAGAAAUGGCAGGGUGCUUUAGCAUUGAUGGAACUAGCUAAAACGCAAGAAGAGGCGCGGGUUUUAGCACAUCUUAAACAUGUAAGGGAUGAAUGUUCCACGGCUUCAGAAUUGUCAUUAUAGCCAUUUACAGACUGUGAUUACAGGUUAAUGUAACUUUGUUAUUUUUAUAUACAAGAAAAAAAAUAAAUAAAAGCUGUCCACACAUGUAA